CCAGAUGAAGAAUCGUUUAGAAGUGACUUCGUUCCUAUUCCGAAAAGGAUAUGCGACGAAGAGGACAACAAAACACAAGUUUUUAACGCACGGGGUAGCGAUGUAGUGACAAAACAGCCGAAAACAGUAUUCAUCUGUUACAUAAUUAUGUUAUCGAGAACAUUGCUGGACACCAGGAAGCAAGUGUUGGAAACAGGAGCUCGGUUGCUGUGUUGUAGUUGGAGAAGUGAGGCAGAAGUUAUAAGUUCGUAACUUAUGUGUUUAUAAAUCUGAAUAGGACCGGUUACUCUUCAAUUGUAAAGUGCAACAGGUUGGAAGAUGGUAUCGUGGAUUAUAUCUAGAUCCAUUGUUCUUGUGUUUGGAACGCUGUACCCUGCGUACUUCUCCUUUAAGGCGGUCAAAUCCAAGAACGUCAAAGAAUAUGUACGAUGGAUGAUGUACUGGAUUGUGUUUGCUCUUUAUACGGUAGUGGAGACCAUCACAGAUCUUUCUUUAGCAUGGUUUCCACUUUACUACGAGCUGAAAGUGGCUUUCGUCAUCUGGUUGCUGUCCCCUUACACCAGAGGAGCCAGCCUCAUCUACAGGAAGUUUCUACACCCUAUGCUGGCAUCCAAGGAAAGGGAUAUUGAUGAUUAUUUAGUCCAAGCCAAAGAGAAGAGCUACGAGACCAUGGUGAAUUUCGGCCGUCAGGGUCUCACUAUCGCGGCCACUGCUGCUGUCUCUGCCGCAGUUAAGGGACAAGGUGCCAUCAGCGAGCGUCUGAGGAGUUUUAGUAUUCCUGACCUGACGCAGAUCCCCUCCGACCAAUCAACAUUCGCCAACCCUGGUCGACGAGCCAUAAAUCCUGCUAACCUGAGAUCUGGUUCUGAGCCAUAUAAACAAGAAGGGGAGGGGCAUGAGGAGGAAACAGAUGGAGUAUUCUCAGAUGAUGAGGCGUCGGUGCAGAAGGGUCUGCGUAGAUCUCAGAGUGUGAAAAUCACACGUGCCAAAGCGGCACGCAAAGAGCCAAGGUACGGGUCUUUAAAGCUGAAACCCAGAAGGAGGCCAUUGAUUACAUCAUCCACAUUUGACCAUACUUGAUCUUCCGCUGCACGACAACAGGGGGGAUAAGCAUUACAUCAACCACCGUCUGCAGUAAAAAACUCAUUUAAAAGCCGCAGAAGUUUUAUCAUAAACGAUCAGCCAGCAUUUCUGCAAGUUAAUGCUGUUUCAAAGCAACACUAAACCCAAGAUUUUAACACACCGAUAUCAUAAUGACAUUUAGAGUCAUUCAUUUGCUAGAAGCUUUAAUCCAAAGUGACUCACAAAUGAGAAGCAGAAACCAUCAUUUGUUAGUUUCUUUUGAGUUUAAUUUUCUUUUAAAGAUUAAAUUAGUUAAAAAAACCAAAGCCUAAUAAGAGAACAAAAAAUGGCCGACACGUUUUUUAUGAAUUUGUAAAAAGUGCAAGCUGUAAUAAGAAUGUACUUAAAAUCUCCAAGGAUCGGAGGGCAUGCAGUCGUACAAUAACUUCACCUUUACCUGCUUCUGAAGAAACAGCAUCAUAUUACACAAAGCCAGUGUUACAGUAGUACAGAUAUCUCUGCUGUUCUCGCUCUCCCUCCACAGGGGCAGAUGUCAAGGUCAGUGGUAACUGUAGAGUUUGCUUUUCAGCUUGUAUUCACAAUAAUGAAAUGAAAUUUGGAAUCAAGUUAUGUUAAGAUUUAACAACUCCAGAAAGCCGACAGAGCUUGGUAUACUAUUAUUAUUAUUAUUAUUAUUAUUAUUAUUGCAUAGGCAUUUCUACUUCUUAAUGUUUACAUUUUGUUUUUUGCUUGACGUUUGAGUCUUAAACUGCAUGAAAUGAUAUCCAUUUAUUUGUAAGAUUGUCUAUAAGGUCUUAAAAGUAUUUUAAACUCUCCAAAUACAUUUUUUAAUUUUGAAUGUUUUAGGAUUGUUUGUGAAUGCAUUUUGUGCAAUUUCUAAGUUUUUUUUCUGAAUUUAGCUUCUAGUUUUUGCUGCCUUUCCUAACACUGAUGCAGAACUUUACCAAAGCAUGAAAGGAGAGUAAAUUCGAUGUUACACUUAAAGUGAAUUAAACACCUUUGGUUUGUUCCCAUGUAAAGAGUGGGGAUUCCUUGUCCAUUUUUGGUUUGCAUUUCAUUCCUCUAGUAAUUGUGUGGGAAAAGUCUGUUUUGAAAAGAUGUUUUGUUGGAAGACAGCCUGUCAAGAAGAGGAUACGCUCUUAAAAAUAAAGGUCUCUAAAAGUA